UAUUUCAUUAUUACUUUAUUUGCAGACCAUUGAAAUGGCCAAAGAAUUUAAGAGCAAAAUAGAAGAAUGCCAAGAAAAGUUAAGAAAUUUAGAAGGCAAGGCAUGUACGUCAACAAGCGCCUCUGCCUCUGUUGUCAUCCCUCAGGCUAUUGAGCCUACACAAGAGCAUGAGGAUGAAGUGGAAGAUGAGGAUGAGGAGGACGACGAUGAAGAUGAAGAUGAUGACGACGACGAUGAUUAUGAAGAUGAUGACAAUGAUGAGGAGGAAGAUGGGGAAGAAAAUGUAAUAAUUUUUAAUAAGAGAUGCACUUUGGACAAAAAGGAAAAUGAUAACUGGAUGAGACUAGGCAUGGGAGAAUUGCGCGUCAAGUACGAUGACGACGUCUAUGGCGCUUGUAUCACCAUGACUUCAGACAAGGGCGAGACUUUGGCUGAACAUUUCAUCGCCAUACAGACUACAAUGCACAAAGAGGGUAAUGCAGCCACUUGGACAGUGUUGAACUUAAAACCCGAACCAUCUGUUACCACCACGUUUAGGGCUGUUUUCUCAUCCUCGCAAGCUUUGGAAGAAUUUGCAACAGCUUUCUGUGAGGGUAAAGAAUAUGCGGAAAAUGCUGGAAUUAGGGAACGGCACAGUGAAACUUGUGUGGAAGUUGCCCCCGAUAUAAACUAUUACAGUGAUGGUGCAGAUGAACAAGGGGUGGCAAAGGAGCAGCAGCUGUCUCUGUCAGUUAAAGGUCAGAUGGGGACGAAAUCCCUUCCAUUGAACAUGGGAUAUUUGACCUCUUGUGAUCCCAAUUUAACUCGAGACAUUGCCACUGCCCUUCAGGAGUACUUUCCAGCACCGAACUCUGGAUGUGAUGAAGAAUAACCUCGAGUCUAUCUAGUACGAGAUAAGGAGGAAAAGGAAGAUGAUAUUUUUGAAGCCCAGAAAAGUUACUGAAUAUUGAGUACUUCCCUGUAAUCUGUGUUAUCUUUGAAUUAUUAUAUAAAUGUGUAUAUAUAUAUAUAUUUUGUUUUUCCUAAGAAACAUUUUAAGCACAAAUGUGGCUACUUUAGUGUUGCAGUGGCAGAUUCAAGCUAAGUUAAUGCUUAAAUAAAUGGUAAUAUUACUUGUCAAAUAAGGAUUGAACAUUUUGAGGCUUGAACUUGGCAAUACCUUCGGUCAUUAUUGUAAAGCUGUGAUUGAUAAGUGAUUUUGAUUUCCUGGCUUUGUGAUUGUUAAUUUUAUCAGCAUCACCUUGUAUGGUAUGGCAAAUCCUUCCAUUAAUAUCUAGAAUGAUACUUUAAUCUUUAAGAAUUUGAUGUUAAGAGGAAAGUGUUGUGUAUCCUGAAUAUUAAACCCGUACCCAAGUAUAUGACAAAUGUAUGCUUUUUUAUUUCAUAGAAAUGGGCUAUGUGAAGCCAUGAUGGAUUAACAGGCUCAUGUUAUUUUUUUUAUCUCUUUUUAAGUUUAGCUAUAGUGAAACCUUUUUCCUUGCGUUUCUGUCUUAAUAUGUUGGUACAAAUGUGACACGUGUGAUGGCUCUGAAGGUCAGGUAAUGCUCUGUGUUCAUAAUAUGAUUGUUUCCUCUGAAUGGUUUUGGACACUGUAGCUAGUACCUGUGUUUCAGAGUUUCAUAUUGUUGCAAACAGAAACUUUUCUGAAUAAUAAACCUAUCCCACCUUAAAA